ACAGAGAAAGGGAAAAAAGGUUAAAGCUAUCUCUAUCAUCCAGUCCAGUUCGAUUAAAGUUAAAACCAGGAGGAACAAAAUAUAUAUACCCUAAUUAGGGCAAAACCAGCAAUAGAAAAGAAAUUCUUAAUCUCUUAGUGAUUUCUUCUUAGCUAUAUUUUUGUAUCCACCAUGGCCCACGGUGGCUAUGGCAGGCGCCGGGUGGCGGAGCGUAAGCCCCUCGGUCGGCGAUCAAAAGGGCUUGCUGUUGAGAAGAAACCUAAGCCCAAAUCAGUCUCUAUUAAAAAUCAGAUUCGUUCUAUUGAGCGCAUGCUCCGCAAGGAACUUCCGCUGGAAGUUAGAGAGGCUCAACAAAAGAAGUUGGAAGAACUUAAGAGACAGCAGGAAAUUCAUACUCGGCUAGCAGUGGAACGCAAAAUAUUUCUUCGUGACAGGAAGAUAAAGUUUUUUGAGAGGAGAAAGAUAGAGAGAAGAAUUAGACGUUUGGAGAAAUUGCAACGUUCUUCAUCUCUUCAACCACAGGAUGCUGAGCAGCUUGUUAAAUUGAAGGAAGAUCUUGAAUAUGUUAGGUUUUUUCCUAAAACAGAGAAAUAUGUAUCUUUAUUUAGUGGAGGUGAUGAUUCAGACAUGGUUGAUAAGAGAAAUAGAUUGCGCAAGCAGAUUAAAGCUAACUUAAUUGCUGCUGCUGCCAGUGGGAAGGAUCUGGAAGAAACAGGAAGUGAGGAUGAUGGACUUUUGGAUUUGACUGAUGAUGAUUUCUUUUUAUCUGGAAGCUCAAGUGAUGAAGAUGCAGAUGAUGAAUGGACUGAUAAAAGCACAAGGGAACAGGCUUCCAGUGCUUCUGGAAAAGCUGCAUCUGGCAUGUCUAGUGAUGAAAGGAAUCAGAAUUCUGCUAGAGCUCUAAUGCCUCCUCCCCGGUCAUCAACCAAUACUUCUUCAAGCACGAUGCAUGCUCAAUCAAGGUUUGGAUAUUCAUCAAGCAGAAAGUCAUCAACACAGGAUGCUGAAAUGUCUAUGUCCAGCAGCAACACAUCCAGCAACAGAAGCGGGCCUUCCUUUAGAGCUGGGAGUUCUUCUAAUCCUAGAACAGGUCAUAGUAGUAAUUUAAGUUCAAACUCUGAUGCACACAAACCUCGAAGAAAGAGAAGGCCAAAGAAGAAAAAACAGCAGGCAUGAACUUGAUACACAAUCAGUGGAGAUAGCCUAUUGAAUCAGCUCUCCAUCAGAUCCUUGUGCUAGCUUCAUACAGUUUUUUGAUCAUUAAAUGCUUUUCCUUUUGAAAUUUAUUUAUUUUAUCCAGUAACAAUCAUAAUGUACCGAAAACGUUUUUCAUGAUGAUAACUCAACUCCAUGCAAGUUCCA